AUGAAAGGAGCAUUUUCUGUGCAGAAUCGUACAUCGGCCCGCAAAAUUCGUCAUCGUCGGCAGAUGGCAACGUGCACAAUGUCGGUGGUAGGCAAGACGACUGAUUCGUCUGCCCUGGUCAAUUGUUGGGCUGCAAUGAUGGUUUGGUGGAAGACGAAGACUCGUACUCUGCGAUGGGGACGUGGAGAAGCGUUGAAGGGAUCAAGCUCGCUCCUUCCCGACAUACAAUAA